UAAAUCUCUACAGCAGUAAGCAGACUCUAUAGUUUACUCUAUAGUUUAUGGAUUUCUCCAUUUUCUGCUGAAACUGGGUAAUUUUUGCCGCGUUAGCCUAAAGCCCACAUGCAUUAAAAAGUUGCUGUGGUUCGUAUCGUUGAGAAAAGAUUUCCGGAACAGUGCAUUACAAUUGACUAUCCCACUUAUUGUUAAUUACAUCAACGUAUCUAGUCAUCAAAGGAAAUAAGCCUAUAACAUCAGCAAAAUGUUUUGGGGACUCAUUGUGGAGCCAAACAAACGGUACACCCAAGUGGUGGAGAAGCCGUUCCACAUUUCCCAGGCUGCUAUGGACACAUCUACGGGCGACAAUGAGUCGUGCCAGGUCAUGGUUGUUGUUGACAACAAGAACUUCCUCGUCUGCACGCUGCAGAAGAACAAAUGCAUUCAGGUGCCGCUCGACUUGUACUUCAAGACCGGUGACUCUAUUGCUUUCCUAACCAAUGGCAAGUGCAAUAUCCACUUAACGGGUUACCUGGAUCCUGAGUUUGAAGACGAGGCAUCUGACGAGGAUGAGGAAGGUGAUGAAGAAGAAGAAGAGGUACCAGUGUUGGUCCCCGCCAAGAACAAGAGAAAAUUAGAGAACAACGCUGAAGCCACCAGCAGUAAGAAGGCAAAGCAAGAAAAAGCUAAACCCAAGAAAGCUGCUGCAGCUGAGAGUUCAGAUGAGGAUGAUGAUGAAGAUGAUGCUGCUGACCAAUUGCAGAAGUUGCUGGACGGUGAUGAGGUUGACUCUGAUGAGAAUGACGAGUCUUUCAAAAUGAACACCUCUGCGGAAGCAAGUGAUGAGGAUGAGGAAGAUUCCGAUGAAGAAGAGGAAGAGGAAGAAGAUGCCGAUGAGGCGAAUGAGAAAGAAUCCUCUGAGGAAGCGGAGACUACCCUCGACACCAGCAAGGAUGACUCCAAGAUCGACAUGUCCAAACUGACCAAGUCGCAGAAACGACGCCUCAAGAAGAAACAAAAGGCACAGGAAAAAAAACAACCGCAAGUAAACGGUGUUGAGAAAGCUAAGAAGGAAAAGCCCGAAGCAAAGGCUGAGAAGAAAAAGCCAGAAAAGAAAGAGCAGCAGGAGGCCCCAGCAGACAAGAAAGAAAAGAAAAGCCUCAGCGGUGGUGUUCAGAUCGAGGACUUGAAAGUUGGCAAUGGACCUGUUGCAAAGCCCGGCAAAACUGUCAUGGUGUACUACGAAGGUCGCCUGAAGCAAAACAACAAAAUGUUUGAUAACUGCGUCAAAGGGCCUGGGUUCAAAUUCCGUUUGGGUGGUAAGGAAGUAAUCAGUGGCUGGGAUAUUGGUGUCAACGGUAUGAAGGUUGGAGGCAAAAGGAAGAUCAUCUGCCCACCUGCAAUGGCAUAUGGAGCAAAAGGGUCCCCACCAGUGAUCCCACCAAACUCGACCCUUGUGUUUGAAGUAGAGCUUAAAAAUGUCAAGUGAUUUGUUUAAAAUUACUUUCGUAUUUGUUCCAAGCCAGUUAUGGACUGCGGUGUAUUCAUAAAUGCUGGUGUGUGAUUGCCAUUGAAAGAAUGUACAGUGUGUGUCUACUUUUGUCUCUAGCAUGUAUUUUGCCCUCUGUUCCAUUUUUCUCGAUUAUAUAAUAAAACAUUAUCCGCCUGCUGGGGCAGUUAGGUGAAACUUAAUUUGUCACACACUAGCAAAUAUAUUUAAGUAAAGAUAAAUACUGAUAAUAAGACGUAACAGACUUUUUGAAACCUACCAUUUUGUCUUGUCUAUGCCAAUGGUAGCUAACCACCCAGUGACUUCCCAUAUACAUAGGAAAUGUACUUUGUCCAUAGUUACAGUGUUCAGUAUAAAAUUUCAGGUUCUUAUAUGAUGGCAUAGGAUGACACACACUUAAUGCAAAUAUAUAGUGUCUGUAACAAUGUUCAAGAAAUGCUGUUGCAGACACUAUUUGUUAGGACUUUUCAUUAUAAGUUAAAUGUAAGGUAUGUCAUAAGGAUUAAACUUGACGAAAUUAUAAUGACUUACUGAUGCUGAAUUUAUUUUCUGAAAACAAUGUCGCUUACUGGGUGCCCUUUUAUGAAUCCAAUUCUAAGAGUAGCUAUUUUUUUACUUUAAUUUUUGAACUGAAUUGAUUAUAAAAGUGCACAGGUGCGAUCUAUGUGCAAGUUUUGUCCCAAUAUGGCCAAAGUUCAAUAGCAAUAGUAUUUAAAUACUGAUUACAUCUAUGACUAUGCAUGUAUUGAUUAAUAAAUACCACAUAAAAUACCAUCAUGUAUGAUUGCACAAAACAUGUUUCAUUUCUUCAGCUCAGUUUAAAUAAAAUUACAAAUUGAAUACA